CCGCCUGCCCCUCCGGAUCACGUGAUCCGCCCUCCGCCCCCCCCUCCCCCUUCGCCCACCUCCUGUCUCUGCCUGUAGGCUUGUCCCGGCCCUGCCGCCAUUUUGUGUGAAUUCCUGACCGCGGCGGGGCCGGACAGCUUGGGCACCUAAGGCAGACAGAUAGACAGUCGGCCCGUUUUCGCGGCCCGUUCCCCUCUCUCUCUCCCUGAAAUCUUUUUAUUUUUAAACCUCUCUCCUUUGGCUGGUUCUCUUCCCUGCCCCUCCCUUCCCCUUCGCUUUGGCUCCAUUGCGCGCGGCCCGCGCUCAUUACACCCAACCACCUACCAGUGUCCCAGUUUCCCUCCCCGGGCCUCCGGGGCCCGCAAGCGUGUGUGGAGUGUGUAUGUGUGUGUGGUGUGUGCGUGUGGGUGUAGUGCGGGGCUCCCGCCCUACGAGGGUCCCGCGCCCGGGAGCGAGUGUCGGCCAGGGGCGGGCAGCGGAGAAAGCAGGCGGCGAGCGGCCCGCCGGGGCCUAGGCCGCGCGGCCUACGCGGAGGUCGGCGCCAAGGAACGAUGGAGGCCGCGCCCGGGACCCCCCCGCCGCCGCCAUCAGAGUCGCCGCCGCCGCCAUCGCCACCGCCGCCGCCAUCAACGCCUUCGCCUCCUCCGUGUUCCCCCGACGCCCGCCCGGCCACCCCGCACCUCCUCCACCACUGCCUCCCGCUCCCUGACGACAGGGAAGAUGGGGAGCUGGAAGAAGGUGAACUGGAAGAUGAUGGGGUUGAAGAGACCCAGGACGCCCCAGGGGGACCAGAGAGGAGCCGGAAAGAGAAGGGGGACAAGCACCAUAGUGACUCAGAUGAGGAAAAGUCUCACCGGAGGCUGAAGAGGAAACGGAAGAAAGAGCGGGAGAAGGAGAAGAGGAGAUCCAAGAAGAGGAGGAAAUCCAAGCACAAGCGCCAUGCUUCUUCCAGCGACGACUUCUCUGACUUCUCAGAUGACUCCGACUUCAGCCCCAGCGAGAAGGGCCAUCGCAAGUACAGGGAAUACAGUCCCCCAUACGUGCCGUCACACCAGCAGUACUCCUCAUCACACUCUGCACCGCUGCCCAAGAAGUCAUACUCCAAGAUGGACAGCAAGGGCUAUGGCAUGUAUGAGGACUACGAGAACGAGCAGUACGGGGACUACGAGGGGGACGAGGAGGAGGACAUGGGAAAGGAGGACUAUGACGACUUCACCAAAGAGCUGAACCAGUACCGGCGCUCCAAGGAGGGCAGUCGGGGCCGAGGCAGCCGAGGCCGGGGCAGGGGCUACCGAGCCCGAGGGAGCCGAGGAGGAGGAGGAGGAGGAGGAGGAGGAGCACGAGGUCGGGGCCUAGGCAGGGGCAGCCGAGGCCGGGGCAGAGGCUCCAUGGGAGGAGACCACCCAGAGGAUGAAGAGGAUUUCUACGAGGAAGAGAUGGAAUAUGGAGAAAAUGAGGAGCCCAUGGGAGACGACGAGUAUGAUGAGUACUCCAAAGAACUGAACCAGUACCGCCGGUCCAAGGACAGCCGAGGCCGAGGAUUAAGUCGUGGCCGUGGCCGUGGCUCCCGAGGCCGAGGGAAGGGGAUGGGCCGGGGCCGUGGACGAGGUGGUAGCAGAGGAGGGAUGAACAAGGGUGGGAUGAACGAUGACGAAGACUUCUACGAUGAUGACAUGGGUGAUAGUGGUGGAGGCUACCGGAGGAGUGACCAUGACAAGCCCCACCAGCAGUCUGACAAGAAAGGCAAAGUCAUCUGCAAAUACUUUGUGGAAGGGCGAUGCACGUGGGGAGACCACUGUAAUUUCAGCCAUGACAUCGAAUUGCCAAAGAAACGUGAGCUGUGCAAGUUUUACAUCACUGGCUUCUGUGCCAGAGCUGAGAAUUGCCCCUACAUGCACGGUGACUUCCCGUGUAAGCUGUACCACACAACUGGGAACUGCAUCAACGGUGAUGACUGCAUGUUCUCCCAUGAUCCGCUGACUGAGGAGACCAGAGAGCUAUUGGAUAAGAUGUUGGCUGAUGAUGCUGAGGCAGGUGCUGAGGAUGAGAAGGAAGUGGAGGAGCUGAAGAAGCAAGGCAUCAACCCCCUGCCCAAGCCUCCUCCGGGUGUGGGCCUCUUGCCUACACCCCCUCGGCCCCCUGGCCCCCCAGCCCCGAACUCUCCUAAUGGCAGGCCCAUGCAAGGAGGCCCCCCGCCUCCGCCUCCACCCCCUCCACCGCCCCCAGGGCCUCCCCAGAUGCCCAUGCCCGUGCACGAGCCACUGUCACCCCAGCAGCUGCAGCAGCAGCAGGACAUGUACAACAAGAAGAUCCCCUCCUUGUUUGAGAUUGUUGUGCGGCCCACAGGACAGCUGGCCGAGAAGCUAGGUGUGAGGUUCCCAGGACCUGGUGGACCCCAAGGGCCUAUGGGUCCUGGACCCAACAUGGGACCCCCAGGUCCCAUGGGGGCCCCCAUGCACCCUGACAUGCAUCCCGACAUGCAUCCUGACAUGCACCCUGACAUGCACCCCGACAUGCACCCUGAUAUGCCAAUGGGUCCUGGCAUGAACCCUGGCCCACCCAUGGGCCCUGGUGGCCCCCCGAUGAUGCCCUAUGGUCCUGGAGACUCCCCACACUCUGGAAUGAUGCCUCCCAUCCCACCGGCCCAGAACUUCUACGAGAAUUUCUACCCACCGCAGGAAGGCAUGGAGAUGGAGCCGGGCCUCCUUGGGGAUGCAGAGGACUACGGGCACUACGAAGAGCUGCCGGGGCAGCCUGGGGAGCCCCUCUUCCCUGAGCACCCUCUGGAGCCUGACAGCUUCUCUGAGGGAGGGCCCUUGGGCCGGCCGAAGCCGGGCGCUGGUGUCCCCGACUUCUUGCCCUCGGCCCAGAGGGCUCUGUACCUGAGGAUCCAGCAGAAGCAGCAGGAGGAGGAGGAGAGAGCAAGGAGGCUGGCUGAGAGCAGCAAGCAGGACCGGGAGAAUGAGGAAGGAGACACUGGCAACUGGUACUCAAGUGAUGAGGACGAGGGUGGGAGCAGUGUUACAUCCAUCCUCAAGACCCUCAGGCAGCAGACGUCCAGUCGGACCCAGGCCUCUGUUGGGGAGCUGAGCAGCAGUGGGCUGGGAGACCCCCGCCUCCAAAAGGGACACUCCACAGGAGGCCGGCUGGCUGACCCCCGCCUCAGCCGGGACCCCAGGCUCACCCGCCACACCGAAGCUGCUGGUGGCUCUGGCCCUGGGGACACGGCACCCUCUGACCCUCGACUUGCUCGCUCCCUCCCAGCCUCCAAGCCUGAAGGCAGCCUCCACGCCAGCCCUGCAGGCCCCAGCAGCUCCAAGGGGUCUGCAGCGCCCCCUGCGGAAGAGGAGGAGGGGGAGCGGGCCCUGCGGGAGAAGGCGGUCAGCAUCCCCCUGGACCCUCUCCCAGGGCACCCACUGCGGGACCCACGGUCACAGCUGCAGCAGUUCAGCCACAUCAAGAAGGAUGUGACCCUGAGCAAGCCCAGCUUUGCCCGCACUGUGCUCUGGAACCCUGAGGACCUGAUCCCCCUGCCCAUCCCCAAGCAGGACGUGCCCCCUGUGCCUGCCGCCCUGCAGUCCAUGCCCGCCCUGGACCCCAGGCUGCACCGCUCCAGUCCUGCGGGGCCCCCCAACACCCGGCAGCGCCAAGGGGCUCCCUCAGACCCCAGCGCCUCGGGCUCUAACCUGCCUGACUUUGAGCUGCUGUCGCGGAUCCUCAAGACUGUCAACGUCAACACCCCCGGCGCAGGCGACAAGCCCAGUGAUCCCAGGGUGCGCAAGGCCCCCACUGACCCACGGCUGCAGAAGCCAAUAGACUCUGCUGCUGCAGCCCGCGUGGCCAAGCCCUGCGCCCCAGAAACCUCGCCCCCCACAGGGAGCCCCAGCCGGGAGUCAUCCCCCCCAGCCACUGCGCCCUACGACCCCCGCGUGCUGGCGGCUGGUGGCUUAGGCCAGGGCAGCGGGAGUGGGCAGAGCAGCGUGCUGAGCGGCAUCAGCCUGUACGACCCCAGGACUCCCAACACGGGGGGCAAAGCCUCAGAGCCCACCGUGGAGGCAGGCGCCCAGCCCAAGGGCCCCGAGGGCAACGGCAAGAAUUCAGCCUCCAAAACCAAGGAGCCCCCAUUCGUGCGCAAGUCCGCGCUGGAGCAGCCUGAUGCGGGGAAGCCUGGGGCGGACCCGGGCGCUGCGGCCACGGACAGGUACAACAGCUACAACCGGCCGAGGCCCAAGGCUGCCGCGGCCUCCGCCACCGCCACUGGCACCCCACCACCAGAGGGGGCCUCACCCCAACCUGGAGUGCACAACCUGCCUGUGCCCACCCUGUUUGGGACCGUGAAGCCAGCCCCCAAGUCCGGCUCAGGGAGCCCCUUCGCUGGCAACAGCCCAUCCCGUGAGGGUGAGCCAGAUGCGGGGUCCCUGAAAGAUGUCUUCAAAGGCUUUGACCCCACUGCCUCCCCCUUUUGCCAGUAGUGUUAAGGGGGGCCGUGCCCCCUCCCCCCACUCCACCCCUUCCGGGGUGAGACUUAAGGGCAGUAAGCAGAGCUAGGGGAUCCUGGAUGUUCUUUUCUUUUUCCUCCUCUUUUUGUUUCCUCUUAAGUAGUCCUUUCUUUGAGACAUAAAUUGUACAUGACACCUCCGUUCUGAUCCGCGCCGUGGGCUCCUGGGAGCCUGCUGCACCCCAGCUGUGGCUGCUGCAGGGGCUCCCGGGCUCCUGUGCUGCUGGACAAGGAAAAGUGGAGCCCACGUGCCCGUCCUGUUUGUUCAGUGUGAAGCCAGUGUCACCUCAGGAGAGGAAGAGCCCUGGAGGUGCCCAGGCCUGGCCCACUCCGCACAUGAAUUCACGCCUGGGUCUCCAUGCCCUCUGUCCGGUUCGUCCUGAAAGCACCACCCACCAGCACACUUGGGAUGGAGGGACAGAUGGACCUGGGUGCAUCUGCCCCAGAAGGAAGCCCCUCAGAGUGCGCUUUCUGUCAGUAUUACCCGUCCUGGCCCACCCCACAUGCUGUGCUCCCCAGAAGCCUCAGCAGUGCUGGUCCCAGCCCCAUCCCUGGAGACAGCUCAAGGAUCCGCAGCGCCGCCGCCCGCCUCCGGAGCUGUAGCCCUGGGCACCCGUGGGGGGGUGCGCUUCGUCUCCCCCUCCCAAGCCUACAAGGCACAGUGUUGGAUUUGUGGACAUUUCCAGAAGGGCCCUGAGGAAGGGAAGAACGUGGCUGGGUCUGGAGGGGACCCCAUGGCAGUGGGGAGACACCAGCCAAGCCUGAGCAGGGAAGAGAAGUUUGCAGGAGCCUCCCCUCAGCUCUCCCUACUUGAGGCUUCCGGGCGGUUCUGCCUUGGCCCCUUCUUCAUGCCGCUGUCCCUCCAUCCCACUGCCUCGCCCAGGGUCCCUGGCUCUUCCUUGCUAAUGAUGAGAUCUGGUCACCCAGCCGAAGGUUCCUCUCCUGCCACCUCAUGAGUAAAUGCAAAAGGGCAAAGCAAUGAAUUUGGGCUUACAGGUGGGGUGGGGGAGCCUGGUACCUGGCGGGGCCAAUAGCCCCGUGGGGUUGGUUUGGUUUGUCUUUUGUUGUUUUGAUUUUUUUUUUAAAGCAAUCAUUAAUGAGAUUUGUCUUCAGCCACUAGUGUUGGCCGUGAACACUAGGGCCGCGGUGUGUGUAGGUAAGUGGCCGUACACAACGUGGCAGUGUUUCGGUGUUUCCCCCUCCCCUUUUACUUUUUUUUUGUAAAAAAAAAUUAAAUGCUUUUUAAAAACCGUAAUCUGUGGAUGAAAUAGAAGCUGGAGCCUUCUUCUUGGAGCCUUCAGCCUAAGCACCUCAUGGGACUAGGAACCCUGAUUCCUGUUUGCCACCAGGCAGUGCUUUUAAAGAAAUUGCUCUCUAACCAGGAUUGUAACGAGUGUAAAUACUAUUUCCAAGUUGAAAGUUGAUGGUGCAAAUAUGUAUAUAAUGUACUGUAUUUUUACAAUGAUCGCCGCAUGACUACCUAGCCCCUUUUGUACUCCGCAUCUGUCUUCCAGAAACUCACCUGCCUCCUCUCCUGUGGUCUCUUAAUCCGAUAAUUGUAUUACUGCCAAUAAAGGAUGCAGUUAUUUUAAAGCCUG